UCUUAAAUUGGAACUCUAAAACCCUGCCAGAACUUUGAUAAACUCUUCCUGUUAUUAAUUAAUAAAAUUAAAAUUUUAAUCUUUUUCCAUGGAGUUGGCUAGUGCAAGUCGUCAAGCUUGUUGUUUGUUGCCGGUGAGAUUAAAAUCUUCUAAAGCUACAAGUUAUGGGUCUUCUUCUGCUUCGCUUUCCUCCACUAAAAAUUCAAAUCCAUCUCGGAUUCGUUGUUUGUCUUCAAAGUUCUCAAUUUGUCCUGCAUUGGUUGUUAAUCAGGUGAGGCUGCGGCGACCUCUUGCUGCAGUUGUUGGUGAUAAAACUGCAGUGUCAAAUGAUUGUGAUGGAGAGCAGGUUGCAGGUCUGGAUUCUUUUGAUUCCUCACCUAUUAAUGAUGAGGUUAAUGAGAAUGAAAAAGGUAGUGUUGAGGGCUUGGAUAACGGUAAAAUGAUCAGAGUUUGUGACAAGUUAAUUGAAGUUUUCAUGGUUGACAAGCCCACACCGACGGAUUGGAGAAGAUUACUUGCUUUCAGUAAGGAAUGGAGCAGCAUCAGGCCUCAUUUCUUUAAACGUUGUCAGGAUCGAGCUGAUGGUGAGGCUGAUCCUGGGAUGAAGCAUAAGCUUCUCCGACUUGGAAGAAAAUUGAAAGAGAUCGAUGAAGAUGUGCAAAGACACAAUGAACUUCUUGAAGUGGUUAAGGUUGCAUCAUCAGAGGUUAGCGAAAUUGUUGCUAGACGUCGUAAAGAUUUUACAAAAGAAUUCUUUGCGCAUCUUCACACUGUAGCAGAAUCAUAUUAUGACAAUCCAACAGAGCAAACUGCUCUGGCAAACCUUGGGAAUGCAUGCUUGGCUGCUGUACAAGCUUAUGAUACUGCAACAGAAAGCAUUGAAGCAAUUAAUGCAGCAGAGUUGAAAUUCCAAGAUAUUAUCAAUUCUCCUUCUCUAGAUGUUGCUUGUCAGAAGAUAGAUAGUUUGGCUGCGAAGAAUCAACUUGAUUCAGCAUUGGUGCUAAUGAUCACAAAAGCUUGGUCAGCUGCCAAGGAAUCUAACAUGACAAAAGAUGAGGUGAAAGACAUAUUGUACCACUUGUAUAUGACUGCGAGAGGUAAUCUACAGAGACUCCUGCCAAAAGAGAUUAGGAUUGUUAAGUAUCUACUUGCAAUUGAGGAUCCUGAGGAGCGAUUGUGUGCCCUAAAUGAUGCAUUUACACCAGGAGAAGAACUUGAAGGGAAGGAUUUGGACAACCUUUACACGACUCCAGAGAAGCUCCAUACCUUGAUGAGAGCUGUGGUGGAUGCGUAUAAUUUCAGCCAGGAAGGCACUCUCCUAAGGGAAGCUAGAGAUUUGAUGAAUCCAAAGAUAAUUGAAAAGCUGGAGGAGUUGAUAAAGGUCGUGGAAAAGAGCUUCAUGUGACAUGGAGCUAAGUCAUACUUGUCGAUAGCUCUACAUAUGCUUCUUGGUUCAGAGAUGACAAUCUUUGAGUCUGACUUGCUCUUGCGAAUCUGAAAAUGAGUGGCAACUCUAGUUUCAUGGUUUGCUUUUCUGCAAGAUAGAAUCUAUGAGACCACAUGGUUCAUGGCUUGAGCAGGACUGUGCUUGUACCUCAAAGCUUUAAUCCAGUGUUACUUCCCCACAAAAUUUUGCAAUGGGAAGUAUAGUCUGAGAUGUGAACCUUCAAACAUCUUAGAGGUGUGAAUGAUCUCCUGCUGAUGUUGAUUAUGUUGUAGUCCUAGAAAUUUUUAUCACAAUUUUUAGUGUAAUUUGUUAAUCAGAUUUUGUAUGAAUUACUGUAAUCAUCUUAUUCAUUACAUGAUUUAUUGCUUA